UCAGCCAAGGGAGGAUCUGAAGGUGAAAGCUGUUGGGGCCAUGUUUACCUGUCGCCUGCCUUGGUGGAGAUCCAGUGCUACCUGCAAGUUGUCGUGGCCAGGUCGCUUUCUGGGAGAGGUGCCAACACAACAGAUCAACACAACCACAGGCCAGAGGCAACAUGUUGGUGUGCAGGAGAAACAGCUCUUAGAAAACCUAGAAAUGCCUCUUGUGAGGAGAGGAACGGAGACUCUCUACCAAGAGCAGCCCAAGACUGGGAACCCGUAUUUGGAAGAUGCUUUGCUUCGGAGUUACUUGGAAACACACCUUCCUCCCAAGGUACUGGAGGAGGUGAAUCAGGACCUGGAGAGAUUUGGAAACCGUCUGCUAACCAAGAUCAGCCCUUUGGGACGGGAAUGUGAGUUGAACCCGCCUGUGUUCCGGCAGUACGAUGCCUGGGGGCAGCGGCUGGAUCACAUCCUCACCUGCUCUGCCUGGAAAAGGAUGAAAGAGAUUGCAGCAGAGGAAGGGCUGGUUGCUGAGGGCUAUGAGAGAAGAUACUCCAACUGGAGCCGUCUGCAUCAGGCUGUCAAACUGUACUUAUUUUCAAGCUCCUCUGGAGGUUUCAACUGUCCACUGGCCAUGACUGAUGGGGCAGCCAAAGUCAUUGAGUCAUUAGGUACUCCAGGAUGUCUGAAAAAUGCUUUUGACCAUCUGACAUCCCGUGACCCCAAGAAGUUCUGGACCUCUGGCCAGUGGAUGACCGAGCGCAAGGGAGGCUCUGACGUCGCUCAGGGCACGGAGACAGUGGCCAGGAAGCAGCCAGACGGGACCUAUCGGCUCUAUGGCUUUAAAUGGUUCACAUCAGCUGCUGAUUCUGACAUGGCAUUAACCCUGGCCAGGGUGGCAGAUGCUGAAGGACGAGUAAAGCAGGGCUCCGGAGGCCUCUCCCUGUUCUUCCUGAAGGUUCGGGAUGAGGAAGGGAAGCUGAACAACAUCCAGGUGCAAAGGCUGAAAGACAAGUUGGGCACACGGCAGAUGGCAACAGCAGAGCUGUGGCUGCAUGGGGCUGAAGCAGAGCUGAUCUCCGUGGAGGGCCGUGGCGUGGCCUCAGUCUCCAACAUGCUGAACAUCACUCGAAUCCACAAUGUCAUUGGUGCAGUGGCUUCCAUGAGAAGGAUGAUCAGUCUGAGCAGGGACUAUGCCUGUAGGCGGGUUGCCUUUGGGAAGCUCCUCAAGGACCAUCCCCUACACAUGCAGACAAUAGCCCGGAUGGAGGUGCAGACACGAGGGGCUUUUCUUCUGCUCAUGGAGACCGUUCGUCUGCUUGGCCUCGUCGAAACCAACGCAGCGAGUGAGGGAGAGCAGCUUCUCUUGAGACUGCUGGUACCAGUUGCCAAGCUGUACACUGGGAAACAGGCUUCUGCUGUGGUCAUUGAAGCAAUGGAGAGUUUUGGAGGCCAAGGCUACAUGGAGGACACAGGCUUGCCAGCCAUAGUCCGUGACACCCUGGUGCUGUCCAUAUGGGAGGGAACAACAAACAUCUUGUCGCUGGAUGUGCUGCGCUCCCUCAGCAAGAGCCAAGGACAGGCCAUGGCUGUGUUCCUCUCCACAGUGCACAAGAAGCUGGAGGUGGCUUCGGGCAGCGUGGGGCUGGAAGCUGCUGUGGGGAGAACGCUGGGUGCUGCCAGCAGCCUCACGCAGUUCCUGGAGGUGGCUGGGCCGGGGGUCAACAUGGAGCUGGCAGCCAGAGACUUCUCCUACAGCCUGGCAAGGAUCUAUGCAGGAGCUCUUCUCAUAGAACACGCAGCUCGGCCGGACGCUUCCUCUGCUGAUGUCCUGGCUGCCUGCAGGUGGUGUGAGCAGGAGCUGUGUCCCGUGGCCCCCGCGCUGGGCAGCGGCAGCUACGCGGCGGAGGCGGCGCUGCAGGACACUGCCCUGGUGUUCCAGAGCUGCAGGCUGUGACGUGCCACGGCAGCCCGAGCCCAGGCCACAGCACCUGGCUUGGAAUCCCCCCCAAACAAUCCCCAAACCUGACAGUUCUGAGCCCCAGCAGGUGCUGCCCCGCUCUGCCACCCGCGGCCCCUGUGCCAAGGCGGCCGCUGGCGCUCAGCCGGGGAUGCUCAAACCUUCCCUCUGUGAUUUCCACAAAGGCCAACUGAUGCCACCCCCCCCAGCUCUUCACACAGCAGCUGGUGUUCUUUUUAAAGCCAAGCACUCAAAAUCCAACUGAAAAGGCUCAGAAGCUGAUUAAACACAGAA